AUGUUUAUUCAUACUUUGGUUAUUCUCAUCUACGUUGAUGAUAUCAUACUUACAGGGUCCUCCUCGGUGCAUCUCUCCCAGUUACUGACAUUUUUGAAGUCCCAAUUUGCUAUUAAGGACCUCGACCCCCUUCAUUAUUUCUUGGGAGUGGAGGUGCAUUCUUCUUUUGACUGCCUUCACCUUAGUCAGACCAAGUACAUUCGUGACCUUCUUCAGAAAACUGGUAUGCUUGACUCAAAACCUCUUCCUACUCCACUGGCUCAUGGUUCCUUAUCGCAACAUGAUGGUCUCCCCCUCUCCUCGGCUACUGAGUAUCGUAGUAUUCUUGGUGCGUUGCAAUAUUGCACAUUAACUCGUUUCGAUAUCUCCUUUGCUGUCAAUAAACUAUGUCAAUUUAUGCACGCACCUACUGAUGUUCAUCUUAAGGCAGUAAAGCAUGUCUUGCGUUAUUUAAAGGGUACUGGUCAUUAUGGACUCUCCUUACAUUGCCACUCUGCUCCUUCUCUUGUUUGCUACACUGACGCUGAUUGGGCCUCUUGCCCGGAUGAUCGACGGAGCAUAAGUUCUUAUUGUGUGUUUUUUGGCAACAACCUUAUCUCAUGGUCUUCUUCUAAACAAAAGGUUGUCUCUUGCUCGAGCACGGAGUCUGAAUACCGUGCGUUGGCUAACGGUGCUGCUGAAUUGUCCUGGAUUCAGUCUCUACAUGAGUUACAUCUUCCAUUGUCUGCUCCGCCUAUACUCUACUGUGAUAAUAUUAGUACUUUGCGUCUUGCUUCCAAUCCUGUGCUUCACUCUCGAACCAAACAUGUUGAGAUCGAUCAACACUUUGUGUGUGAAAAAGUUGCUCGACACGCUGUGCAAUUGGCCUAUGCUCUUACUGCAGAACAAAUUGUCGAUUGCCUCACCAAACCUCUUGUCACUGCUCGAUUCCAAGAGUUGCGUUUCAAACUCACUAUCCUCCCUCGGCCUGUUCGUUUGCGGGGGGAUGUGAAACAGUGA